AUGGCUAAACGUAAGUUACCGGAUAGGCCUCCAAAUGGGAUAGGAGCGGGUCAGAGGCCGAGGCUGGUUCCCAGAGCUUUGAAUGUUCAAGGCUCGCUGGCUACUUUGACCAAGCCGUUCAAGGUUCCUUACAAGGUGGACAAGAGGAGAAAUGAACAGGAUGUUGGCGGUGGCGGCGGUAGAUCGUUGCGUCGGAGAUCGCAGACGGUGUCGUAUGCUGGUUUGGACGUGGCGACGGAAGUUGAGAUGGAAGGGCCAGAUGGGCUGCCGCCCAUCUCGUCGGUGGUUCGUAAGGACGCUCUGAGUAGUAGAAGGCUGGCAGAAGAUCCCGUGAGGCUUUCCCAGAUAGAGUCGGUGCUGAAAAGGUCGUUUACAGUGCCGAUACGGGGUUAUAUACAGAGGCAUAGUUUGCCGCUGACGCUUGGGACGAAGAAAAAGAUAGCCUUGGAGCCGAGACCGUUGCAUGACCCGACUGAUGAAUUCGCCAUUGUGCUUUAUGACCCGUCUGUGGACGGGGACAUGGUUAUCCAGGAUACCAAUGACGUGCCAUUGCAAGAAGUGAGCCAGAACACGCAGGCGGAGCAAGGUGCGGAGCACAAGAAAGGGUUACACCCAAGAUUUCUAUCUAACGGGUUGAAGAAUAAGUCUCUGAAAGAGCUGCUCGGGGAAGAUGAUGAUCUUGGUACGAAAGCUAAGAAAUUCCCCAACAUCCCCGUGGUGAUAGAUCCAAAGUUGGCAAAGAUCCUAAGACCGCAUCAAGUGGAGGGAGUGAGGUUCUUGUACCGUUGUGUGACAGGGCUUGUUAUGAAGGAUUUCUUGGAUAAGCAGACGGUUGAAAAUGGUUCCAAUUCCGCCGCAGAGGUUAAUGAAGAACUCGUUAUCAAUAGAGGUGCGUAUGGUUGCAUUAUGGCCGAUGAAAUGGGCCUGGGCAAGACGUUGCAGUGUAUCGCGUUGAUGUGGACCCUGUUGAGACAAGGCCCCCAGGGUAAAAGAUUGAUCGACAAAUGCAUCAUUGUUUGUCCAUCCUCGUUGGUCAAUAAUUGGGCGAAUGAAUUGGUCAAAUGGCUAGGUCCAAACACUUUAUCGCCUCUGGCGAUCGAUGGUAAGAAGACGAAUAGUGUUUCGGAAUCCGUACGAUCAUGGGCACAAGCUCAAGGUAGGAAUAUCGUGAAACCAGUACUGAUUAUCUCCUAUGAAACGUUAAGGCGGAACGUUGAAGCAUUACGAAAUACCAAGGUCGGAUUGAUGUUAGCGGAUGAAGGUCACAGAUUGAAAAACGCUGACUCGUUGACUUUCACUUCAUUGGAUAGUAUUGAUUGCCCCAGAAGGGUCAUCUUGUCUGGUACACCUAUUCAGAACGAUCUCUCUGAAUAUUUUGCAUUAUUAAAUUUCUCAAAUCCUGGGCUCCUGGGGACAAGAUCCGAUUUCAGGAAGAAUUACGAGAAUCCAAUCUUACUAAGUCGUGAUGCUGACGCAACUGAUGAUCAAAUUAAAAAAGGUGAAGAGCAAUUACAGAAAUUAUCCUACGUGGUAUCGAAAUUUAUCAUAAGGCGCACUAAUGAUAUCCUUUCCAAAUACUUACCGUGCAAAUAUGAACACGUUAUCUUUGUUAAUUUACGACCUUUUCAAAGAGAACUCUAUGAGAAAUUGGUCAAAUCUAGAGAAAUCACUAAGAUGGUCAAAGGGAAUAAUACAGGAUCUCAACCUCUUAAAGCUAUUGGUCUGCUUAAGAAACUAUGCAAUCACCCGGACCUGCUUGAUUUUAAUGAAGACCUAGAGAACUUUAAUGACCUCCAGAUUCCUGAUGAUUACGAGAUCCCCUCGAAGGUAAAUACAAGAAAAGCUGUUCAAACAAAGUUCUCCGGAAAGUUCGCCAUCUUGGAGAGGUUUUUAGCCACGAUAAAGUCCCAAUCCGAUGACAAGAUUGUUCUCAUUUCAAACUAUACCCAAACUCUAGAUUUGAUCGAAAGGCUUUGUAGAUAUAAGCAUUAUGCUUCAUUGAGACUUGAUGGCACGAUGACCAUCAAUAAGAGGCAAAAACUAGUGGACAGGUUUAAUGAUCCUGAAGGACAGGAAUUUAUUUUCUUAUUGAGUUCAAAAGCGGGUGGCUGUGGUAUUAACUUGAUUGGUGCCAACCGUUUAAUACUAAUGGAUCCCGAUUGGAACCCUGCAGCUGAUCAACAAGCACUGGCUCGUGUUUGGAGGGAUGGCCAGAAAAAGGACUGUUUCAUUUAUAGAUUUAUCUCUACUGGGACCAUUGAAGAGAAGAUUUACCAGAGGCAAUCCAUGAAGAUGAGUCUGAGUUCUUGCGUGGUGGACGCCAAAGAAGAUGUCGAGAGACUGUUCUCAACAGACAAUUUACGGAUGCUAUUCAAAUUCAAUGGUGAAACUAUCUGCGAAACACACGAAACGUAUCAUUGUAAAAGAUGUGAUUCGAAAUCCGGAAAGCAGAAGAUAAAGAGUCCCGCUAUGUUGUACGGUGAUGCGACCACUUGGAAUCACCUUAAUCACGAUGCUUUGCAGAAAACUAACGAUCAUUUGCUGCGAAAUGAGUUCAAUAGUCCAGACAUCAGUUAUGUUUUCCAGUACAUCUCUCAUUAA